AUCUCUAAAUCCUCAAUCAAUCAUUUCAAGGAAUUUCAAGGAAAGAAGCUUCGUUUUCUCUUGAUUAUCUCAUUGUCUGUUUCCGCCCAUUUUUCUUUUUCAUUCGGAGUUUGGUUCCUGAGAAUAAUCAGAGCCACGGAGAUUCUUCAAAGAAAACAAUUUGAAAGUUGGAGUUUAAAUUAAAGAAUAGUCAUGGGUGGAGAAUUACCUCUGAAUGCAAUUCCUUUGGAGAGUCGACCUGGCAUCCUUUUAGUUGGAUCUUCGAAUGUUGGCAAGCGCUCCCUCCUAUCUAGAUUACUCACUGUGGACUUUGAAGACGCUUUGAAUUCAUCCUCUCAAGUUUCAGUCCAUGGUUGGACUAUCAAUACACAAUACUACACAGCUGAUGUCUCUGUAUCCGUGGCUCAUUUGCAUGAGGAUUUCUCCAUCGAGGCUUUGCCUAUGUUCAACCAAUUGGCUGCCUUGGUCAUGGUCUUUGACAUGAACGACCUUUCAUCUCUUGUGACACUUCAGGACUGGGCCACUCGUGUUGAUCUACAAAACUUUGAUGUAUUAUUAUGCAUAGGAAAUAAAGUAGAUCUUGUUCCAGGUCAUCCAGUUCAUAUGGAGUACAGGAAACUUCUGCAAAAACAGAGGCUUAAAGACUCUUCUAUAGAUUAUUCUGAUACAGCUGAAUAUGGAAUUUCUGAAACUGAAGGAAGUAGUUUACUGGGAGACGAAGAUUCCUCUUGGGAAACUAGGAGGUCCUGUUUGGAGUGGUGCAUUGAACGUAAUAUUGAGUUCCUUGAGGCUUGUGCGUCUAAUGCUGAUUUUGAUCAAUGUUUAUCAAUUGAUGGUGAUAUACAAGGAGUUCAAAGGCUCUAUGGUGCUCUUUCUGCUCAUAUGUGGCCUGGGAUGACUCUAAAAUCUGGAGAUAAGAUUACCAAGCCAUCAUUACCUAAAGAAGAAUUGUCAGAAGAAGAAUCUGAUUUUGAAAUUGACUACGAAGUGCUAUCUGCGGGUUCAGCUGAGCCUUGGGAUGACACUGAUUACCAAGGUUGCUCAUUGAAUGGAGAAGGUUUGUCCAUGGAUGCUGGAGCUCAUAGAAAAGAUGAUGACAUUGCUGAGCAAAAUCGGGCAUGUCAAAAUAUCAGCAAACAGACGAAGGGUGAAGAAAACCCUGUGGCUAUGGAUGGAGAACUCGAUCAAGUUACGAAUCCAUGCGAGGGAAAACAUCUUGAUCUCGAGGAUUUAGAACGAUUGAUGUCUGAGAUAGGAAACAUGCGUGACAGCUUGAGGUUGAUGCCUGAUUUUCAAAGGAGAGAAAUGGCUGCAAAAUUGGCGACGAAAAUGGCUGCCAUGUUCGCGGGCAGUAGUGAUGACGACGAUGAAGAUGAAACGAGAUGACAGCAGAAAGUUCGGUAAUGUGAUUAAGGUUUCUGCCAUGGGAGGAAUGGUCAAGUCAUUGUGAGCGGGGAAAGGUCUUUUGUUCAUCGUGCUCAAUUCCCUUGGUCAAUUGUUCUGCCGUCCCUUAGUGAAAAUGCAAAAAGCAAGCAAUCAUCAAAUUUGGUGGAGUUGUGAUAUCGCUGAUUUAAUCAUUGAACAUGAGCUUGAACUUGGCAGCCAUGCAGAAACAUACUAUUCUUGGGUUUCUAUUUCCCUCUUAGGAAAAGUUGUGUUGCGUAAUUUGGGUUUGUGCUGCUUUGUGAUCAACUUUAAAUUGAGUUGCAACUUUGAGGGAAGUACUUCAAAUUUAUAUCUGUCUAGUGUUAUCAAGGAUGUGCAACUUUUUGAAUACAUCACUGGUUAUUAUGUGUGGAUGCUCUUAUAUUUGUGUCUGAUAUCGCAAGGUUCGAUUUCUAUGUUUACAUCUUAA